AUGGACUCCGACAUGAUGGAUGAUGAUGUGUUUAGCCUAGACAACGAUUCCGACGGCUAUGUCCCUGAACCAAAAAAAGCAAAGCCCGCUGCCCCCAAGCCAAAGAAGCAGACGAAGGCGCCUGCCAAGAAACGAAAAGUGAUCAGCGAUGAUGAAGUCGACGACAACGAUUCGACAGGCUUCUCCAAUACGCCCCCGAGCUCUAAAAAGCCCAAAAAGGCUAUCCCAGCCAAGAAAUCAGGUGGCGUGCCCUUGGCAGAGCUCGAGAACGACAGUACGGUUUUGGACCCGGCCCCGAAAGCUACGGGCAAGAAGAAAACAGCCACCGAUACGUACCAGAAGCUCACGCAGCUUGAGCAUAUCAUCAAGCGUCCCGAUACAUAUAUUGGUUCAGUCGAGUCGACCGAGCAGCAAAUGUGGGUUUACAACAAGGAGGCCCAACUCAUGGAAUACAAAAGUAUCAGCUUCGUUCCUGGUUUCUUCAAAAUCUUUGAUGAAAUUAUGGUCAACGCUGCUGACGUCAAGCAGCGCAACGCCAGCAUGACCUAUAUCAAAGUCAACAUCAACCGCGAGUCUGGCGAAAUCUCGGUUGAAAACAAUGGCAAAGGUAUUCCCGUUGAGAUACACGAGAAGGAGCAGAUCUAUAUUCCCGAGCUCAUUUUUGGUCAUCUUCUCGCGGGCUCCAACUUCGACGACGAGGAGAAAAAAACCGUCGGCGGUCGUAACGGUUACGGAGCCAAGCUCUGCAACGUUUUCAGUACACAGUUCACUCUGGAAUGUCAGGAUUCCGGCAAUGGCAAAAGGUACAAGCAGACAUGGACGGACAACAUGUCCAAGAUGGGCAAGGCCAAAAUCACUUCCAACAAAACCUCCGACUUUGUUCGCAUCACUUUUAUGCCCGAUUACAAUCGCUUUGGAAUGCCCGACGGCAUCGAUAACGACUUAGAGAGCCUUCUCUAUCGCCGAAUUUACGACAUGGCCGGCACUAUACGUGGCAUCAAAGUCCACCUCAACGGAGAGGUUAUCAAGAUCCCCACAUUCAAAGCCUACUGUGAUCUGUACGCCAAGUCCAUUGCAAAGGAACGAACCGCCGAGGAGGGCGGUAACCCUACUUGCACGGUUGAGAUUGACAAGGAGAAGACGCAUCCACGAUGGGAGGUUGGUUUUGCGGUUUCCGACGGCACUUUCCAGCAAGUCUCCUUCGUCAACAACAUUGCAACAACAAGCGGUGGAACCCAUGUCAACUACAUUGCAGACCAGAUCACUGCCAGUCUCUUGAAGACGCUGAACAAGCGCAAGAAGGGCCAUACUUUGAAGCAAAGUCAUCUACGAAACCACAUCUUCAUCUUCAUCAACUGCUUCAUUGAUAACCCAGCAUUCACGUCACAAACUAAAGAGCAGAUGACUACCAAAGCCAGUCUCUUCGGCAGUAAAUGCGUUCUUGGUGACCAGUUUUUGAAGAAGAUCGGACAAUCUGAAGCCGUCCAAAACAUCAUGGACUUUGCCGAAAAGAAAGCGGACAAGAUGAUGGCCAAGAGUGACGGUAGCAAGCGCUCACGAGUGAACAACAGCAAGCUCGUCGAAGCCAACUUGGCAGGCACGCGACGUGGCCAUGAAUGCACCUUGAUCUUGACAGAAGGUGACUCCGCCAAGGGUCUAGCUGUGUCUGGCAGAGCUAUUCUCGAUCCCGAUCGAAUUGGUGUUUUCCCAUUGCGAGGCAAGCUUCUCAACGUUCGAGAUGCGUCCGUUGACCAAAUCACCAAGAACCAGGAAAUUCAAAACAUCAAGCAAUUCCUUGGUCUCAAGCACAAGCAGACCUACACUGAUACCAAAUCCCUCCGUUACGGCCAUCUGAUGAUCAUGGCCGAUCAGGAUCAUGACGGCAGUCAUAUCAAGGGCCUUUUGAUCAACUUCUUGCAAGUUCAGUUCCCAUCUUUGCUUCAGAUUCCAGAUUUCUUCCGUGAGUUUGUAACACCAAUCAUGAAGGUCUGGCAAGGAUCCGACCCGAAGAAGCCUACAAAGCAGCACGCUUUCUUCACCCAGCCUGAAUUCAACGAAUGGAAGGAAGGUCACAAACAUGAAUUGAGCAGAUGGCAAUCAAAGUAUCUCAAGGGUUUGGGUUCCUCAUCGAACGAAGAUGCCCAGGUCUACUUCACCAACCUGGAUCAGCAUCUCAAGGAAUUUGAAAUCAUGCAGCCUGACGAAGCUCAGCUUUUCGACCUCGUUUUCUCCAAGAAGAAGGCAGACGCGCGAAAGGAGUGGCUUGGGAACUUCGUUCCUGGCACUUAUCUGGACCAUGGCACCAAAGCCAUCACAUACACCGAUUUUGUCAACAAGGAGCUGGUUUUGUUUAGCAUGGCUGAUAAUAUGCGAUCCAUUCCCUCCAUCGCAGACGGCUUAAAGCCUGGUCAGCGCAAGGUCAUGUACUCUUGCUUCAAGAGAAACUUGACCAAAGACAAGAAGGUUGUUGAACUGGCAGGUUACGUCUCUGAACAGUCUGCCUACCACCAUGGUGAACAGUCGCUUCAGCAAACCAUUGUCAACCUUGCGCAGACUUUCGUUGGUUCCAACAACAUCAAUCUCUUGGAACCCAGUGGUAUGUUCGGUUCUCGUCUUGCUGGUGGUUCCGAUGCCGCUAGUCCUCGUUAUAUCUUCACACGCCUGUCUCCCUUUGCGAGAAAAAUUUUCCCCGCUGAGGAUGAACCCAACUUGAAACAUCAGUAUGACGAUUCGAAGCCCAUUGAGCCCGAGGUCUUUGCCCCAAUUCUUCCCAUGAUCCUUGUCAACGGUGCUGAUGGUAUCGGUACUGGUUGGAGUACCUCGAUUCCAAACUAUCACCCCACGGAUAUCGUCAAGAAUCUGAAGCGCCGCAUGGGUCGUGUGAGCCUCGAAGACGACGAAGAGCAACCCUUUGAGCCUAUGAUGCCCUGGUUUCGCGGGUGGAAGGGUACUCCAGAGGCUGCUGGUCCCGAUCGUUACAAGUUCAACGGUAUCGCAUACCAGAAUGACCAGAACCCGAACGAAGUGGUAAUCACCGAGCUUCCCAUCAGAAUGUGGACCGAUGAUUUCAAGGCCAAGUUGGAAAAGGUCAUUGGUGGCUUGGAAGGGCCUGCCUGGAUCAAGGAUUACAAAGAAUUCAACGACCACAACACGGUGCACUUUGAGAUCAUGGUUGAUGAGAAGUACAUCGACAAGGUUCUUGAAGAAGGGCUCCUGGAGCGUUUUAAGCUACAAAAGCAGGUUGCCACCUCUAACCUCGUUGCCUUUGACAUACAAGGUCGCAUUCGCAAGUACGAAAAGGUUGAAGACAUCAUGGAAGAAUUCUACCAAUACCGACUCGACAUGUACUUGGAGCGAAAGAAGUACUGGCUGAAUGUUUACCAUCGUGAUUAUCGCAAGCUCAAGAAUCAGGCUCGAUUCAUCCAAGAAAUCAUCAGUGGUGUACUGGUCGUUGGCAAGAAAAGGAAACAGGUCUUGGUCACGGAAUUGCGCGAACGCAAGUAUGAGGCUUUUCCACCCAAGAAGACCGGUGCCAAGGCAGAUGAGGAAGAGCUCGGCCACGAAUCCGAUGCCGAAGGCGACUCUUCUGAAGCACAAGACUCGGGUGCACGAGACUACGACUACCUUUUAUCCAUGGCAAUCUGGUCUUUGACUGCCGAGCGUUUGGAGAAGCUCCUCGAAGCUAUUGCUAGGAAGAAGGCAGAGCAUGAUGAGCUUCAGGCGAAGAGCGAAAAGGACCUCUGGUGUGAGGACCUUGACGAAUUCAUGGCUGAGUGGGAUAAGCAGAUCGCCAUUGACGCCGAGAUCAAGACCAAGAUUCGGCGACUAGGCCGCCGCGUUUCGAAGAAGAUAGGUGCUGGCAAGAACCGCAAAGCCAAGGACGAUGAUACGUAUGAGCCUGAAAAGAAGGGCCGAGCCAAGGGUAAAGCUGCUGCGGCUAAACCAAAGGUGGAAACCAAGAGUGCCCAGCGCUUCGCUGAUAUGUUCAGCUCCAAGCCCAAAGUCAAGAAGGAAACCCGCGACGCAGAUGUUGUGGAGCUAUCUGACAACUUUUCCGACGAUGACUUUGCAGCUCUUAGCAGGAAGCCGGCUGCUCCAAAGCGCACAAAGGCCGUCUCGGCCACUGCUUCGGCCUCUCAAUCGCAAUCUGAAGAGCCAGAGGCUCGUCCGGCGAGGAGAGUGGCAGCAUCCAAGGCUAGAACCCUGCUUGAUGUCGACUCUGGCUCUGAGAACGAAGACGACGAUAUGGUUGACGUCGGUUCCUUGGUGAAGGGUAUUGGAGCACCAAAAGAGGAGAGUUUGCCUCCCGCCCCGAAGGAGGAGAGCUUGCCUCCCGCACCCUUGACCAAGUCAGUGUCUGCGCGCUCUUUCCAGAUUGACGAUGAUGACGACGAUCUGCUUGCGCCAUCUCCGCCAGCUCGGACAGUUAGCAAAGAGGAUAUUCUUGACAGCCUUUUAUCCGACGAAGACAAACCUUCGCCGUCGAACAUCGCAGGAUAUGCUUCGAUCAAGAAGAUUGCUCGCCCUAAGCCUAAGCCCGCCGCUGCCAAACCUAAACCAAAGGCAGCAGGCAAAACCAAGGCUGCGAGCAAGUCAACUAUCCUCUCACCGGCUGCAAAAGUGUACGCGGCGAGGAAGGCAUCUGCUCUCGCAGAUGAUUCGGAUGAAGAUAUGGCAGCGUCUGGGUCUCCAAGCCCCAAGCGGGCACCGGCACGCGCUCGUCCUGGUCGUGCCGCUGCUGCAAGAAGGCCAAUCGUUGUUGACGAGGACGAUUCGUUGAUGGCUGACGAACAGGAAGAAAGUGACGACCCAUUUGAGAUGGACGACGACUAA